GGCUUGUCAUCCUCGCACGCGCCGUCCGUCUGCGUCGCAUCGGCAUCGGCAGCGAGCGAGGCUGUGGAGGAGUGCUCCAGGUUCAAAUACGUGCGUGAGAAACGCAGCUCUUGCAGCGCUUGCAUUGGCGCAUCGCUGUGCAACAAAAACUCCCUGAUUGGAUAUUGCUGUGAUUGCAAAUCACACAAGCAACAAGAUGAUCGAAACGACCUGCCUCAACGACGAGAAGAAGACAGACGACCUGCCGCCCUCCCUGUUAAAGAGGGAGGAGACCGUCGGCGCGGGCCUCGACCAGCUCGACACCAUCACAGAGAAGUUGGUCAGGCACCGCGCGAGCUCCGUCGACAAAGCGGAAAUAGCGCAGAAGCCGCCGCAGGGCAUCUCUCUGGUCGACGCGGCGCUCGUGCUCUGCUGCGGCGCUUUAGGUAAUGCGGCGCUCGAAGGGCCUUCUUAUCAACAUUUAGUAUGUUUUCUAGUACUGCUGGCGGUGUUACUCUUAGGAACGAACAAUGUGGGACCCAUCAGCCGGGACUUGGUGAAGCGAAAGGGCACCGUAUUAAGACGAGUGCCGUUGACCGACAAGGCGUUCAGUAUAAAAACACUCAACCUCAUCGCGAACUCGGCCCAGUGCAGAGAGAAGGGCCUGAAGAUCCUCCAGUAUGUCUUGAGAGGUGUAUCUUAUUUAGACCUCACGCCCUGGUCCAAGCAGCUCAAAACGUUAUCAAAAAGUACCAGUAUAGCGCGGCGCUUCUUCAAAUUUUGCCGGUGGGUCAAGCACUACGAAGAUGUUAAUGAAGCGCGUUCACAGUCUGGUAUCAUGAAACUCUUUUUAUGGGUUCGCAUAGGGGCGAACUUCGGCGCCGAUUGGGCCGAAGACGUCUGUAGUCUGGAGCGGAUGGGCUUUUUACCUGCCGGCACGCUCUCCGUAGAAUUUAUGUUGUUUGCCGAGUACUGCCAGCUCGUUUUGGCGGUGGUCGAGGUCGUCGUCACGAAGGCGAGGGAAACGAAGGAAAAACACGUUUUUGACUUGGCAAGAAGUGUAGGGGCUUCUCCAUCAGAACUAACAAAACUCAGGAGGAAGUGCGCCAUGGUGCGCCUGGAGAUGUGCAAGUUCGUGUCGGACCUGGGGAAAGCUUUCUACGACUGCGAGCUCAGAUUCGCGCACGAGGGCGUCUUCAUAGGAUGUGCGCUCUUCUCAGCGUUGCUGAGCACGCACAAGAACAUGGUCAAGGUCCUCAAGUAGGCAAUCGAAAAAUCGUAACGUCGCUGUAAUGUGUAA